GCCCAACUUCCUUUUUUCUCUGAAGAAGCAGAGUAGACCUCAAGCCUAGAGCACACCGGAGGGCUAGAGGGCUAUUCCUUUCCGGAGCAGUGAGCACGCCCACUGGACACAGGAUUUUCUGUGGCUUUAUUUGCUUGAAGUCAUGGGUCAGUGGUUCUCUUCGCUGAAGAAUGAACAGCACCAAGAUUUGGCCUCCAGUUUUAAAGAAUAUUUUAAGAAAUUUAAGACGGGACACAAAAUCAUUUCUGAGGAAAUCAUCACUUCAGUUGAAUUAAGCAUGACAAAAGGGAACAUUCAAAUGGCAAACUCUGCAAUCAGUGAGGCAUUAAGAGAAAUCGAUGGUACACCGCUCAAUGUUGCUGUCACCGGGGAGUCUGGAGCAGGAAAGUCCAGCUUCAUCAAUGCCCUGAGAGGCAUUGGGCAUGAAGAGGAAGGUGCAGCUAAAAUUGGGGUGGUGGAGACAACCGCGGAGAGAUGGCCAUACCAACACCCCAGUAUGCCUAAUGUGGUCAUUUGGGACCUGCCUGGAAUUGGAACUACAAAUUUCCCACCAAAAACGUAUCUAGAGAAAAUGAAAUUCUAUGAAUAUGACUUCUUCAUUAUUAUUUCAGCCACCCGCUUUAAGAAAAAUGAUAUAGACCUCGCCAAAGCAAUCAAUAUGAUGAACAAGGAUUUCUACUUUGUGAGAACCAAGGUGGACUCUGACUUAAGAAAUGAAGAGGAAUUCAAACCACGAUCCUUUGACAGAGAGAAAGUCCUGCAGGACAUCCGCCUUAACUGUGUGAAGCACUUCAAGGAGAAUGGCAUUGAUGAGCCACCGAUCUUCUUGAUCUCUAACAGAAAUCUUUCUGACUAUGAUUUCCCAAUCCUGGUGGACAAGCUGAUAAGUGAUCUCCCUGUAUACAAGCGACACACGUUUAUGCUCUCCUUACCCAAUAUUACAGAUUCAGCCAUUGAAAAGAAGCGACAAUCUUUGAAGCAGAGGAUUUGGCUCGAAGCCUUUGCAGCUGACCUAUUGAGCAUCAUCCCUUCACUGACCUUCCUCUUGGACAGUGAUUUGGAGACUCUGAAGAAAAGCCUGAAGUUCUAUCGCACUGUGUUUGGAGUGGAUGAUGCAGCUUUGCAGAGUUUAGCUAAGGACUGGCAAAUGCCAUUGGAUGAGCUCGAAGCCAAGAUGAAAUCUCCGAUUGUGUUCAAACCUACAGAUGAAGAAACGAUACAUGAAAGGCUUUCGAGAUAUUAUCAGGAUUUCUGUUUGGCUAAUGGGUAUUUAGUUACUAAAAAUCUUUAUCUUAGAGAAAUAUUUUACCUGAAAUUCUAUUUCCUUGACAUUGUGACUGAGGACUCAAAGACUCUUCUCAAAGAGAUAUGUUUAAGAAACAAGUUGGUUUCUAAUUAGGCUAAAGUCGUACGGCUGUCAAAGAUUCAGGACCAAUGACAGAAAAAUAGGAUGGUGAUAUUGGAAAACAAUAUACUGUGUUUAUACAGGCUAUUCAGACUUAAUCCAUAUUUAGUGAUUACAUAGCCACACUAGCUGUAGCAAGGGGAUCACAUAUGUAUAAAUAAGCUUACAGCACUGUAGAAUCGCAUAUAAGAUUAACCUCUGAGCUUGCAUUUAGGAAAUUAUUUUACUUAAGUUAAUUGAGGUAGGAAGCCCUGUCCACUGUGGGUGGCACCAUUCCCUAGCUUGCACUCUUUGUGUAUAUGGAGAGGGAGCUAAUCAGCAGCAUAGUAGCAUUCUUUCAUAGCUCUUAGGUUAUUGAUUUUUAAACUGUGGACAAGUAGUACUAGCUGCCUCAAGCUACCGCAAGGAAUUCUUGAUAAUAAUGGCCUCUAUAACCUUGAACUUAAUACCGCAGGCACUCAUUACAGAGAUGUUAAAGAAGAAACCAUAACUAGGCAGGAGAAAUAGCUCCAUUAAUAAAGUAGACCUUGAAGUAGACCUGAAGACCGAAGUUCAGAUUCCCAGAACCCACAUAAAGCCAGCAUCUGUAAUUCAUGUACUCCUAUGGUGAGAUGGGAGGCAGAAAGAGGAAAAUUUUGGAAGAUAUGGGGCCAGCAAUCCUGACACAUGCUGCAGUGAACAAGAGGCCCUGAAACAAGCAAGUAAAAGGUAAAAUCCAAGACGCAAGCUUGUCCUCUGAUCUCUGCUUAUAUACCAUGUAAUGUUCAUGCCUAUAAUCACACAUGGAAAUCCACACACAAAAAAAGAUUUUCAUUUAAAAAACAGAAGAUUUGAGGCAGUAGUUCAGUGGUAUAAUACAUGCCUCACAUUCAUAAGGCCUCAAAUUCAAUCACACCAGAAAAAGGCAAAAGUUGUGGGGGCGGGGUCCAGGGAUUGCUCCAAGGUUAAGAGAGAUGGUUCAGAGGCUAAGACUACUGGUUGCUCUUCCAGAGGACCAGCAUUCUAUUGCCAGAACACAUGCAGUAACUUAAAGUUGCCUGCAAACCUCAUUCCAGGAAAUCUGAUAUCAUCUCCUGACCUCCACAAGGACUAGGCACACAGACAUACAUGCAAGGCAAAUAUUCAUAUGAUAAGGGUAAAUAAAGGAAAAAAUUUUCAGAUAUGUGGUUAAAUUAAAAGGGAAGAGAAAAGCAAUAACUGAGAGAGCACAAUAGCCUUAAUAAUGACUAAGAAUUUCCCAAAGAAAUCCAAUUAGUCAGAAUCUUUGAGAAAAUACUAAGGAAGCUCUCUAUUCUAUACCAGAAGUAGGGGAAAUGAGGAAAUUUCUCUGCUUUAUAAUGAUUGGUGUUUUGAAUGCUGUGAUAGCAAAUAUCUGCUCUUCUCCACAUCAAUACCAAAAGUCAUUUAAUAAAUUCUUCUGAAAAACA